CGGGGCGGAACGAGGUGGAGCGGAGCUCCCGGAGGGUCUGGUGGCGGGAGGUGACCUCGCUGCCGCCAUGCGCAGCCGGAGCAACUCGGGUGUGCGGCUGGACGGCUACGGGCGCCUGGUGCAGCAGACCAUCCUCCGGCACCAGGACGCGGUGACCGGCCUGCUCCCCGCCGGCACCGAGCACCGGGAUGCUUGGGUCCGGGACAACGUGUACAGCAUCUUGGCCGUCUGGGGGCUGGGCCUGGCCUACCGCAAGAACGCCGACCGCGACGAGGACAAGGCCAAGGCCUACGAGCUGGAGCAGAGUGUCGUGAAGCUGAUGCGGGGGCUGCUCCAGUGUAUGAUGAGACAGGUGGACAAGGUGGAGGCAUUCAAGUACAGCCAGAGCACCAAGGACUGCCUGCAUGCCAAGUACAACACCCACACCUGUGCCACCGUGGUUGGGGACCAUGAGUGGGGUCACCUGCAGAUGGAUGCCACCUCCCUCUACCUGCUCAUGCUGGCCCAGAUGACAGCCUCAGGUCUCCACAUAAUUCACAACUUGGAUGAAGUCAACUUUAUCCAGAACCUUGUGUUCUACAUAGAAGCAGCCUACAAAACCGCAGACUUCGGGAUAUGGGAGCGUGGGGACAAGACGAACCAGGGGAUCACAGAACUGAAUGCUAGCUCCAUUGGCAUGGCCAAGGCUGCCCUGGAAGCGCUGGAUGAGCUGGAUCUGUUUGGAGCAAAGGGAGGCCCACAGUCAGUGAUACGGGUGCUGUCGGAUGAGGUGCAGCACUGCCAGUCCAUCCUCCACUCGAUGCUGCCCAGGGCCUCCACAUCCAAGGAGGUGGAUGCCAGUGUGCUUUCUAUCAUCUCCUACCCAGCGUUUGCUGUGGAGGACAGUGAGCUGGUGGAAAUCACCAAGCAAGAGGUCAUCACAAAGCUGCAGGGUCGCUAUGGUUGCUGCCGCUUCCUGCGGGAUGGAUACAGGACACCCAAAGAGGACCCCAACCGCCUCUACUAUGAACCUGCAGAGCUGAAGCUGUUUGAGAACAUAGAGUGUGAGUGGCCUCUCUUCUGGGCAUACUUGAUCAUUGAUGGGAUUUUCAGUGGAAACAUGGAGCAGGUGCAGGAGUACCGGGAAGCCCUUGAGGGAGUUCUCAUCAAGGGGGAGAAUGGUUUGCGCCUGAUGCCAGAGCUGUACAGCGUGCCACCAGAUAAGGUGGAGGAUGAGUACAAGAACCCCCACACUGUGGACAGGAUACCCAUGGGAAAGCUGCCUCUUAUGUGGGGCCAGUCCCUCUACAUCUUGGGCUGCCUGUUGGCUGAGGGUUUUCUAGCUCCUGGUGAAAUAGAUCCCCUGAACCGCCGGUUUGCAACGGUCCCCAAGCCUGAUGUGGUGGUCCAAGUGUGCAUCCUGGCAGAGACAGAGGGGAUCAAGGCUGUUCUGAGGAAGGAGGACAUCGAUGUGGAGACUGUGGAAGAUGUCUACCCCAUCAGAGUGCAGCCUGCUCGCAUCCUCAGCCACAUCUACGCCCGGCUGGGCCGCAACAAGCAGAUGUGCCUGACUGGACGGCCCUACCGGCACAUGGGUGUCCUUGGCACCUCCAAGCUCUACAAGAUCAGGAAGAACAUCUGCCUUACCCCUCAGUUCAUAGACCAGCAGCAAUUCUAUCUGGCUCUUGACAACAAGAUGAUUGUGGAGAUGCUGAGGACGGACCUCUCAUACCUCUGCAGCCGCUGGAGGAUGACGGGGCGGCCGACCAUCACCUUCCUCAUUUCCCACACCAUGCUUGAUGAAACUGGCAGCAGUGUGCAUGCUACGGUGCUGGCAAUGCUGCGGAAGCUGCAGGAUGGGUAUUUUGGUGGUGCAAGGAUCCAGACGGGUAAGUUGUCGGAGUUCCUGACAACGUCGUGCCGAACGCACCUCAGCUUUAUGGACCCUGGGUCAGAGGCAGACACUUACGAUGAGGUUGCUCAGUACUUGGACCACCUGCUGCAGCACACGGCUCCCCACACAAAUCUCCCUCCCACCGCCCAGCGAGGAGGCCUGAACCGCUUCCGAGCUGCUGUCCACACCACCCGUGACCUCAUGUCUCUAGCAGCCAGGGCCAAGGACCUUCAUGUCCAGAAUGUUGGAAUGUAUGUGCCCAGCAAGAUCUUCCAGGCAUCCCAGCAGUCCGUCAAGCUGCUGAGUUCACCCCCCCAGCACGACAUGGAUAGCAAGAGCCAGGCACUCUAUGCAGAGAUGAACUUGCCCUGUGAUGAGGCUGGCAAUGUGGACUGCAAGGCACUGGUGGACCAGCUGCGCCUCUGCCCCACGCUGCAGGAGCAAGCAGACAUCCUCUACAUGCUCCACAUCCUCAAGGGACCCGAGUGGCACACAGGGCUUGACAGCGAGCCUGGCCCCACCGUCAAGGAGCUCCUGACUGAGCUGUACGUGCGGGUGGGGGACACGUGCCAGUGGGCUCUGAUCCGCUACAUCUCUGGCAUCCUCAAGAAGAAGGUGGAAGCUCUGGAUGAGGCCUGCACUGACCUCUUGUCUCAUCAGAAGCACUUGACAGUGGGGCUGCCUCCAGAGCCACGAGAGAAGACCAUCUCUGCCCCAAUCCCCUAUGAGGAACUUGUUCGUCUCAUUGAUGAAGCCAGUGAGAAGAACCUCAGUGUGUCCAUCCUCACCCAGGAGAUCAUGGUGUACCUGGCCAUGUACAUGCGCACCCAGCCUGUGCUCUUUGUCGAAAUGUUCCGUAUCCGCAUCGGGCUCAUCAUCCAGGUGAUGGCAACGGAGCUGGCUCUCUCCCUGCGCUGCUCGGCUGAAGAAGCCACUGAGAACCUGAUGAAUCUCAGCCCAUCGGACAUGAAGAGCCUUCUCUACCAUAUCCUAUCUGGCAAAGAGUUUGGGGUGGAAAGAAGCGUGCGAUCAGUCGAGGCAUCACUCACCACUGCUGUCUCCAUCUGUGAAGUGGAGGCUGUUGGGGCCACCAAGCCUGAGCGUGCUGGCAUUGUCAGGCUGAAAAGUGAGAUCAAACAGCAAUUGGAUAAACGUAGACAGUCUCUGAAUGAGAGUAAGCCCCCGAGUUUGCAGCCUGGGAAUGCCAACCUCAAGUUCUCUCUGUCCACUGAGCACUCAGAGCUGCUGGGCAAGGACUCCUUUUCAAGCGUGCUGGGAGACCAGGCCAGUAAGGACAGCCGGCAGGGCCAGUGGCAGCGACGACGGCGGCUGGAUGGAGCCCUUAACCGUGUUCCUGUGGGCUUUUACCAGAAGGUCUGGAAGGUCCUGCAGAAGUGCCAUGGCCUCUCUGUGGAGGGCUUUGUUCUCCCCUCUUCAACAACCAGAGAGAUGACCCCAGGGGAAAUUAAGUUUGCUGUGCAUGUGGAGUCGGUCCUCAACCGUGUGCCGCAGCCAGAGUACAGGCAGCUGCUGGUAGAGGCUAUCUUAGUGCUCACCAUGCUGGUAGACAUGGAAGUGCAUACCAUUGGCAGCAUCAUAGCUGUGGAAAAGAUCUUGCAGACAGCCAACGACCUCUUCUAUGAGGAGCAGAAAGCCCUGGGUGCUGACGAUCACAUGCUGGAGAGGGAUCCUGCAACGGGCAUCUGCAGCCUACUGUACGACAGUGCACCAAGUGGGAGGUUUGGCACCAUGACCUACCUGUCCAGGUCUGUGGCCAUGUACCUCUAUGACUUCCUGCCCACCGAUGGCUGCUCCAUGCAGUAGCUCUCACAGCUCCUCUCCCUGGGCUGCAGAUGCCAGGGGAGAGUUGUUUCAUAUGGCUUUUAAGGGCUGGCAUUAGGCUAGUGUGCAGGCAGUCUGCAGGGCCCAUGUCUCCUCCCAGCCCUGGACUCUUGGUGGGUGAGCAGCUCUCCCAAGGAGCUUGACCAGAGACACAUGUACUAAGCUGACCUGUGCCUGUGUGCAGCCUGUGGAACCAAGGCUGGCAGGGAGAGCCUGAGUUUUGAAGCCUGCUUGUGUUAAAAGUGUCUGCCUUCACAGCUCCUCCUGGGCCAUCACCCCCAGAGGGGGCUGUGUGGGGGAGCAAACCCCCCCUUCCCUGAGCAUGUGUGCUCAGCACUCCCUGGCCAGCUCAUGAUCUUCCUGCCUCCAGCAGAUUUGAGGUUUUUAACCCGUUCUGAGCUGCUUUUUAUUCAAAAUCUUCAAGGGUUAUAUUGAUGUAGGCUGGAGCUCUUGCUGCUGAUGAUGGAAAAGCUUUGUUAGAGGAAUAUGGGAUGCUGCCUGAGCCUUUCUUCCAGCACACCCAAAAUCACAGUCCAACCCAGCCACAGUUGUGCUGCUUGGAAGUGGGCAGCUCAUUGUUCAACCCCCAGGGGUUCUGGGUACGGAGCUGGGGAGGCUAUGAGAGCUAGGAGCAUCCCAAGGUUGUAACAGAUCCCUGUUACCACCAAGGACAGGGCUUCUGGCUGGUUGGGGGAUGCCAGUGGCAGCCCCUCCAAGCUGUCUGCUCUGUCCCUGGCCGUGCUGCUCAUGACAUGAGUUCCCAAAUUCACACGUCCUGUGAAGCAGCUCUGAGUUGGCUGCUUGCCUCGGCUGUGCCAUCAUAGAUGUGCUCCUAAUGCUCAACUCUG